AACUGAUUAUAAACCUGCUCGCUGAGAUUCAAGUGGAAUGACAUUCUGUUUAUGACAUUCAUUUCUUGACAGCCAGUACAGUUUCUUAUUUGGAAUUGAUCGUAUCAAUGACAUUUCAAUGCCAAGGAUAUAUUUUAUCAGGAAAUUCUCUUGGGAUGCGAUACACAAGUAACUGCUGAUUGAAUGGUGAAACACAUGACACUGAUCAGAGAGAAGUCUGAAAAGCCUAAACUGCAUGGUUAUGUGAGGACCACUUGACAUUGAGAGCUGACAUUGAUACCUGUACAUAAUAUAUCCCAUAUCUCUCCAGGGAAGUUGCCUGUUGCUGAAUCAUCAAGUUUGAUUUCUGGUGUAUUACAGUCAUUUAGGAGACUCAGUGCCCACAUUAAGUGCCGUUUAAGACAGAUUCAUUGUAUAUUAGUUCCGAUUUAGGCGGCAGUAGCUUGUCUGAAUUGGUGAGUUGUGGCAUUUGAUGCUGACAUAUCCCAGAUAUCUCAGUACAAUUGGAUGUUUCAUAAUUGGACAAUGAUGGUUUAAUGCUGUUACAUUAUAUCUGAAUCCUGCUACAUUGUAUCUGAAUGCUGCUACAUUGUAUCACUGAUUUCUCUUGAGAGGUGAUUCUCUGCUUAAUUGGGAUCAAGACAUUUGAUGCUGGGGCACACGUAUCACUUGCAAGGCAAGCCUUCAAAAGAUUAAACAGCAGUUUGAUGGCAAUUUACUUUAUCUAAAGGUGUAGAUCCCUUUUAGUCGCAGUUCACUGAGGAAGUUACGGUCUACUGAAAUGACAAGAUAACCUUUUUGAACUUAUGGCAGAAAAUAUGGAUUCCAAAGUUAUCAUGACAAAGACAUUUAGUGGCGUCUGACUUUGAUUUGUUUCUCUCUUCUUUUUAUUAUUAUUAUUAUUAUUAUUGCAGCUGUGAAGUUACAGAAAUAGUCUCAUCAUUAUUGUGAUAUGCUCAGUAGAUAAAAAGCAUAAAAAAAGUGAAUACAAGUCCAUCAGACGUACAUAGUCUGGAUAUUUUGGACAAUUCGGCACUUCGUACCAGACCUUGACUAAAAAGCUGGUGUUGAGGUCUUGUUUCCGGUUCUGAUAACAGAGAACUUUGCUAUAGCCAUCACCUGAGACAAUAAACUCUGGAGAUUGUUUUGUUUCUCCUUUUGAUUUUAUAUACAGCUUGUCUUAAUUGCUUGACAGUCUGAGGCGAAGACAUUGUGCUCUCGAAAAGGGCACUGAUGAAUUUGUAACAAUUGGAUGCCACACUCCUCAGUUGCAUGUCUUGGAAAUUGAUAAAUUUAUUUGUGUUAUCAAAUCAGGACUUAAACAAAGGCUGCACAAACUGAAUGCAUGCUUAGCGCUGCGCUGCCUUUGUGAAUAACAUUGAUUGUCGCAGCCACGUUGCCAGAUAUAGAAUUCUCGGAUAUUUGGCUUCAUCCUUGCAGAUAUUAAUCAUUAAUAAUUAACAGCCAACAGCAUCUUCAGGAGCCUGGAAAUGAAUUUGCUUUAAAAUGACAUAGAAAAAGGAGGAUGUUGACCAAAAAGUUUUGAUCAUUAAGAAACUUUAUUGCUCGAUAUUACAUGUACUGUCUUGUUAAUUGCUGACGGGAGGUUGGAACUCUUCCGCUAUCGAGGGUGACAGUUGGAUUCCUAUUUGUGCUCACUGUCAGAUAAGAUUCAGCCCUGGACUUUCCAAGAUGUUCAAUUAUUAUUAUAUUAGAAAUAAGUGUUAUGGUUGCUAAGCGACGUGUGUUGUAACCUUGGUAACCAUGAAAUCUCCCCAGCUCCGGCCAAUGAGUGCUGAGAGAGGGCAUUCUGGGAAGAAAGUCAGUUAUGUUACCCUCCCAUCUCUUGUCCAGAGUCCUGGUAGUAACAAUAUUCACCACCAGAGGUCCCAGAAGUUAAAUGGCCUGUCAAGAUACCCCACCCAGCUCACCAUUACUAACACAAAGUCUAGCAAGACCUCCAGUGGAAAGAGCCAUGCCUAUCAGGAUAAACUGGUUGCCACCGUAGCGCCCACCUUGCCAGCACUGAGUCAGUCCGACACCCGUAGCUCACACAAACAGCAGUAUGAAAACAGUAGCAUACUGCCGCAGAUACCCACCGAUGGAGCGUUGACACGGCAACCGACGCUGGUGAACCAGCAGCCGGAUAGGAUACGGCGUGAUGCAUACGGGAAUAGGAUUCCUAUGACUCCAGAAGAGGUGCUAAAAAUUUACGGCCCAAAGCUCACAGCAUACGAAAAGCAGGAGAUCCACGAUUAUCCUGAAGUAUGGUUUGUGGGGCCAGAUGCCAAAAAAGUAGAGGGUGUUGAUGGCAGUGCACAGAACCAUAAUUACGAUGACGAGAAUGGCUCAUAUGUUAAGGUUCUCCAUGAUCAUUUAGUCUAUAGAUACGAAGUGUUAGAAAUCUUAGGCAAGGGGUCAUUUGGUCAGGUUGUCAAAUGUUAUGACCACAAGACUGAUACUACAGUAGCCAUUAAAAUAAUCAGGAACAAGAAGAGGUUUCACCACCAGGCUCUGGUGGAGGUGAAAAUUUUAGAAAAUUUACGGCGGAAAGACAAGGACAAUCAGUUCCAGAUCAUCCACAUGAGGGAGUUCUUCUACUUCAGAAACCACCUCUGUAUUACAUUUGAAUUGAUGGGCAUGAAUCUCUAUGAGCUGAUCAAGAAGAACAACUUCCAGGGUUUCAGUAUAGCUCUCAUCAGGCGGUUUGCAUUCUCUUUACUACAGUGUCUUAAGGUGCUUUACAAGGAAAAGAUUAUUCAUUGUGACCUCAAGCCUGAAAAUAUUUUAUUGAAGCAGAGAGGCCAGAGCUCAAUAAAAGUCAUAGACUUUGGUUCAAGUUGCUAUGAGCAUCAGAGAGUAUACACCUACAUCCAGAGCCGGUUCUACAGAUCACCUGAGGUAAUCCUGGGUCUGCCUUACUCUAUGCCUAUAGACAUGUGGAGCCUGGGUUGUAUACUGGCAGAGCUGUACACUGGCUAUCCUCUCUUUCCUGGAGAGAAUGAAGUGGAGCAGCUAGCAUGUAUCAUGGAACUUUUAGGACCUCCACCAAACUAUGUGCUGGACCAGGCCACAAGAAGGAGGCUCUUCUUCGAUUCCAAAGGUAAUCCCCGGUGUAUAACUAACAGCAAGGGAAAGAAGAGGAGAGUGGGAACCAAGGACCUGGCCAUGUCCAUCAAAUGUAAUGAUGCCACUUUCCUGGACUUCAUUGCCAAGUGUUUAGAGUGGGACCCCAACAAGCGUUUGACACCAGAGGAGGCAGUGGCUCAUGAGUGGAUACAGCAGGGUCUUGUUCACAAGUCACGCACUUUUUACAAAGAAAGCUCACGAAGGAAAGCCUCAGAUCCUGACAAAUUGGUGGUCAUCAAAGAGAAAACAAAAAUAGCAGAUGAUUGGAUAUCUUCUCAUAAAAAAGACUCUAAACCCAAGUCAGAGCGCCUACAACCAAUUGGUGCUUCAGACCCUGAAGAGCAGGAAACCCCAGGACAGGACCAAUCCAGUGAAAAUAAGGCAGCAAUGAAAGAAAAAGAAAAGACAAUGGUGAAAGACAAGGAAAAGUCACUUAAAGAAAAAGAGAAGACAUUAAUAAGAGAAAAAACAAGUUUAAAAGAGAAAGAAAAGACAAUAUUACGGGAAAAGACCCUUAUAAAAGACAGUGAUGUGGGCAAAAAAGAUGAAGGAACAAGUGACUUUGAAGAGGGAGAGGAGGAGGGGGGAGACUCUGCUCAAUUUUUACCUCCAAUAAAAAGCUAGGACAAAUAGCUUUGGAUGAUAUGAGCAUGUCCUUUUUAGGACCACCUGUGCUGCCCCUGGGGGUUUGAGCAUGCAGGCACAUUUCUUGUGUUAUAAUUAACUGCAGGCAGUCAAGUGGUCAGUUGUUUUGACUGGUCAGUGUCCAGUUUAGUAACUACAUGCUGGAUAUCAUCAUAUUACUGUGAUAUUUAUUUGUUGUUGAUGGUGUUGGUGUAAAUGUCGGUGUUUACUUUUCUUCUAAAUUUCCAUGAUUGUGAACACUUGUGGUGUACCAUGUAGAAUAAUUCUGCAUUGCAAUUUCUUUAAGCCUGAAUAGGUAAUUCAGGGCAAAGGGCUAAUUUUCUACUGGUGUGGUUCUCACCAUGUGAUAACAAACCGUCCAAUCAUAUCUGUUUUUAGAAUGAUCCUAGUUGUAGAACUUGAAACACUUUAUGACAGGAAGUUAAGUAUGGGAAAGCCAUUGUUUGUCACAGCUAACACAGUUGCAAGAGAGCAAGCAAAAGGAAAUCCAUGACAUAUUUUUCAGAUCCAAGAAAUAUGCCCACACAUUUAAAAAAGAAUACUGCAUUGUAGACAAAAACAAAAAUCAAUUUUAUAACCUUUCCCACAUUUCUCAUCCAAAUAAGAUAUAAAUAGCACUUUUCAGAGUUGAAAAGAACAGAGAAAAAGAUAUGAUAAAAUAUCAUUAAUACUAAAUAUUUCCUUAUUGGGUAGUCUUCCUUUUUAUCUCCGCAUUUUUCUAUUCAGGAAAAAAUUAUAAUGAGCUGGCAACAGCUUUAAUUCCAAAUAUAGUUGGUCUCUAAAAAACAGAACCAACACGAGAAAAACUUUGCAUUUGAAAAUUAAUUUCUGUGCAAAUCCCAUUCCCAGGUAUAUGGCAGCUACAUGACCAAUAGACAAUAAGCUAAGUCAGAUUUCAAAAUAUUACAAAUAUGUAUAUGUACACUGUAUGUAUAUUGAGAGAAUUAUAUUUGAAUAUUCAUAUGCUACCGAUUAUUCUCUUUGAAGGAUAUGACCAUUUAGCAAUAUAUAAGGAAUAUAAAUGAAUUAUAUUUAGCAACAUAUUUUUAGCAAAGGCAAUGUUAUGCAUAAAGAUAAUCAGGAUGAAAAAUCAAUGAUGUAAAUCAACUUGGGUAUUUGAUGUGGACAAUCAUAUAAACUUUUAACUGCUCCUGCAAUCCAGAUUACCACAGUCUUGUAUAGAAAAACUCUCUUUGGCUUUGAACUCAAGUCUCUUGCCCUGUCAUUGUCUUAGAAUUUUAUAGUUUAAUCUUCAGACUUGUAGUUUAUCUCUCUUUGAUUUAAAAAUAUGUAGACUUAGUCCUUUUAACCUUAGGAGUUUAGAGCUUAGUCACACAGUAAGUGUGCGUGUAAAUAUGCAUUUGUUUUAGUUAAUAUUGUAGUACGUAGAACUUGGUUUACGUACGUUCCUUUACCUGAGAACUUGCUCAAUAAUGAGAGGGUUCUCACUGGAGACUUGGGGAAUGCUGGGAUACAUUGGCAGCUCAGUCAUUGGCUCGAACUAAUCUUUGUAUUUGUUAUGGAAUUCUCAGUUGAUGACAUUGUAAAAUUUCAGAGAGGCUAUACAAUCUGCUAGACGUUCAAUCUGCGAAUUAUAUAUUCAGUCAAUGAGGUUAUACAUUUUAAUGAUGAACUAUAGACAAAGAAAAUUUGCAUUAAAGAGCACCAAAAAUCUGACCAAGUUGACAUUUUUCCAUGCUGUUCCCCAUUUCACCAGUGGUGAUCCUCUGUAGGUUUGCAAUAUGUGUAUUCUGUAUAUAGAGCACCUUGCGCAUGCUUCUUUAUCUGACCUACUGUUUGGUUUUAUUGUGGACAUUUCUUCCAUAACUUAGUGAAGAUGACUUGCAGGUACAGGGUUUUUGUUAGAUGGAGAGUCGUGGACAAAAUAAUAAUAUGAAUAUAUAAAGUACAUGAGGACAAUUUUACUAUAAUAUGUAGGCAUUGGGAUGAAAAAAUUGAAAUUAUACUUUUUUUGGAGGGGGUGAUAUUAUGGAGUAAGGUGCUGGGGUACCCUGCUCUGCACCCACCCCACCCCCACAGAUCCAGCUUGAAGAGUUCAUAAUUGGACACUGGGGGUGAGAAAUAGGAGGGGGGGGGGGGGUGAAAGUUGGGUUGGUUUUCCUAGUGCAGACUUCAACUGUAGUUUAUUAACUUUUUCAUAUUGCUUCAUGUAGGGCUAGUACUAGUAAAUGAUAUCUUGAGGAUAAUAGAGGAACCUGUAAGUUGUAUGAUAAUGUGGCACAAUGACUCCAGCAUCAUCCCCAUCAAAGAAAACAACCAUGAAUCAUGCCACUAUUCAACACGAAUGGUUUUCCAAGAUAGAUCUCUUGUGCAAAGCUAGGUGUAUAUAACAUACUAAUCCCAGACAAUAAGAGUUAAAAUACAUCUUGAAUAUCUGCCUAAUGAUGUCAAAACUUGUACAUUCAGCUAAAGUGAAUAUAGCAUAAUACUUCCAAUGUUGCAAUCUUAUGCAAAAGAUUCCAGCAUGUGCUUGGUCCUGGCUCGCCCUUUUCAGGGCCACCUGGCUUUUUGGUUAUGCUCAGUCCUCCAAUAGCACUAACAUAUGGUGUGUUUACCUUCAGUUCCAAUAUACAUGUGAAUGCUUGCUAGAAAACAUUGUCAGAGUUUUUAAUUAUCUAAUGGUUUAUAUGAUUGGAUAUUUAUGUAUCUACUUGUUGUAGUUUAAUUUUAGUUUUUCUCUUGCACUUAAUUCAUCUGAUAAAGGCAGAGCUUGCCAAAGGAAUGCCUUUAUAUAUUACAGUUGAUACAUGGUUAUUUAUAUUUAUGUACAUAGUUUAAUUGAACCCAUGUUUUAUUCUUAUCUGAUUUUUUUGACAAUAUUGUAAUAAGUGGUUUUUGUGACUCGUACAGAGUGAAUAUACAAACAUACUAUACAUAUACUUGUACUGGUAUACCUGUAAUAUAUUUGUUUAAAAUACAAUAUUUUAUCAAGUUUUAGUGUUAUAUCCAUUUUUCAUGUUAUUUAUAAAUGGCCUAUCUAUAGAAAGGGCAAAGGUGAAUUAGAUUUUCUAUAGGCAUACUUAUUCAAAGUUGACCUGGGUGUAAAGUUGACCCAAAGAUAGGGCCAUUUUCACAAAAAUACUUAAGACCAGUAAUAGUGGUUUUAAGCAGGUCAAGCCUAAUGCCUGUACCCCUGUAGUUAUCUUAAUAGUAGCUGCUUUUUGUUUAUUAUUAUUUCUUUAUUUCAUUUUUAUUAAAUUAUUAUUAUUAUUUUGUACUUUAUAACAAAACAGACCAAAAGUUUAACUUGAUUUUUUAAAAUUGUAUUUAUAUUUAUUUAAUUCCAUUAUUUACAAACCAUGCACAGCAGUUUACAUCAUUCUAAUAGACAACUACUGAUUUCCAUGUAUCUUUGGUCACAGUAUAUUAUAUGUUUUGGUACUUUGAUUAAGACUGUGAAACUGAACCAUGGUAAAUGUUUACUGUAAUUUGCAUCUCGGAAGGACAAAAUAUGUACAAGUUUGCCCCAACACAAAUAUAUUCAGUAAAUAUCCGUCCACCUAACAGUAUAAGCAGAUGAUUAUUGAAAUAUGUGUAUUUAUAUAUCAGAUGGUUUACAAAAACGUUAAAGAUAAUUCCGUCCCAUGGUUUUACAUUGGUGGUACAAAUUUUAAGAUUAAAACAAUUACAAGUAUACAUGUAUUAUUACUCGUCGCAAAUAUUUCAAACUCUUCUUGUGUCAGAUCAUUUAUCCUUUCAGUUGUUGCAUGUUCAGUGCUCACAACAGUAAAAUGUAGGAUUAUAAACUGUGCUGUAUUUCUUUUUAUUAUUAUUAUUAUUUAUUCUUUUAUAAGUCCAAAUAAAAUGUUUUCAGUGUUGAUCAAAAAUUGUGAGUAGUGAAGGUAAUAGACUACUCCAAUCCGUCCGUUUACUCUGAAUGUCAACUUGUAUAUGGUAAUAUUGUAUAUGUAUAUUGUAUACAGUAUAUUGUUAUGUACAGGAAAUGGUACAUGCAUUCCUGCUGUUGUCAUAAUGUCACGUGACUCAACACGUAGUAUGGGCGUGGCAGUUAUAAGACAAUAAAUCUAACAAAAAUAUGUACUCCUUUCCACU